AUGAGUUACUACGUAAACAAACACCAAGAAACACCAGAGGACACUAACGUCACAGAGACGAUGGGUUGCCAAGACACACCGGAGGAGACUAACGUCACAGAUACGAUGUUUGGCAAGAAACACUGGAUGAGACUAAAAUCAAACUCUAGUUAUGUACAUUCUCAACAACUGUACCGGACUAAAAUUGCUGUCCGGGAUGAUUCUUCCGUUUUCGUCAAGAACGCGAUAACAUGGAACUCUUCGAGGAGACGAUUCAGGGAUGAAUUUCAUCUCAGAUGUGUAACCGAGUUUGCCUUCCGGAAAAUCCAGUUCCUAGUGUUAUCAAAUACGGUUAAGAUAAUUAAAACUUACGACGGAGAGAAAGACGCAGCCACAAAAGCAGCUUUUGACGCCACUUUCGAUCAACCUACGCCUUUAAUUGAACCUGCUCUGUCGUCCACCGUACCGGAGUCUUCAUCAGAAUCCGACAGCGAUUCGGAUGAUGAAUCUGAUUACCUAUUGAGGAAACUAAUCGGUCCUGUGGAUCCGAGUAAGUCCACUGCUUCCGGUGCUGGGAGAGGUGGAGGAACGGCUUGUGCACCGCCAACGUUUAUAGUUGUGACGAAGGACUUUGAUGGAAGGAGAGUUCCUAAUGGUGGAGCUUUGAUUAGGGUAAGUGUAUCCUGGUGUGGGUGUUGGUGGUACAGAUCAAGAGGGUGUGGUGAAAGAUGUUGGAGAUGGCAUUGCCUCGGCGGCGAUUCUCAUCGAUCAGAGCAGUGUCUCCAAUUCGCAAGGAUGUACGUGGCGAAUCGGGCUUCAGACAAGAUCACACAACUCACUGACAAUGUCUACGUCUGCCGUUCUGGUUCGGCUGCUGGUUCUCAGGUUGUCUCGGAUUGUGUCUGCUACUUCCUUCACCAGCACACAAUCCAGCUCGGACAGCCUGCGACUGUAAAGGUCUCUGCAAACCUUAUCAGGAUGCUCGCAUAUAAUAACAAGGUGGAGAGUAAGAAGAGUCCUUUAAUGUUAUCAUCAUCAUCUCCUAAGGGUCUUGUGAGGCAAAACUCGUUGUUGAGGACGCCGAAGACGCCUCAAGCUGAGAUUUGUGACUCUGAGUCUCAGCUUGAGUCUCUUCCCAUGGAUUUAUUGGUGCUGGAACUUGGAAUGACUUCCUCACAGCAGAUGAUAUGA